AUGAGCAACGUUGACCUCUCCAUUCCAACUUAUGCUACCGGCGCCGCCGCGGAUUUCGCGGCGAAGCACGCUAGCAAUCAUGACUUGGCCUUCUAUGGCGGCUGGUUUUGUCCCUUCGUCCAGCGCUCUUGGAUGGUUCUUCACGAGAAGCGGAUUGACCAUCACUACAAGGAGGUGAACCCCUACAACAAGGACCCCGAUGGCCCCAAUAAAGAGUUUCUCGGCCUGAAUCCACGCGGCCUGAUCCCCACCAUGGCUGUUCCAGCACGAGACGGAGGGGGGAAGGUCCGGUCCUUGUACGACAGCACCAUCGUCUCCGAAUACCUCGACGAGGAGUAUGCAGACGAGUCGAAGCAUGGCCCUCGACUUUUCCCUACGGAUCCUUACGAACGCGCAAGGUGCAGGCUCUGGAUCGACCACAUCAACAACAAGAUUGUCCCAGGCUUUUACAAGUUCAUCCAGCACACCCCCGAAAAGACCCACUCAAUCGACAACGCGCGAUCUGAGUUUCUGAACCAUAUCGGAACCCUAGUUCGUGAGAUGCACCCUAGCGGACCGUGGUUCCUUGGCGAGCGCUUCUCCAUGGUUGAUGUGAUGCUUGCGCCGUGGGCUAUGCGACUGUUUUUGAUCGACCACUUCAAGCCUGGCGGUGUGGGCAUUCCUCCUCCGACGAAGGAAACUAGCGAGCCCGAGACCUGGUCCCGAUGGAAGACGUGGUUCGAUGCCAUCAGCGAGCGACAGAGCGUGAAAGACACACUGAGUGCUCGGGAGGCGUAUCUUGCGUCCUACAAGCGGUACGCAGAAGACACUACCAAUUCCUUGGUAGCGCAGGCCACUAGGAGUGGAGGACGGAUGCCAUAA